UUCAAAAAUGGUUGUGGGCGCACUGCCACUAGCUAAAGUUUCUAUUUUGGCCAUCAGACAAGUGAGCAAACCUUUUAGCAAUUUUCUUAAAAAUGCAGCCAAGGAGCAUCCUUUGAUUAGAAAACAUAUUUGCAUACCGCCGGGUAGAGCGUUUAAUUGGUUGGAGGUAAGGUCUAAGAUGUAUAUGAUGAGCAUGAAUCAGCCGACCCGGGUGCCCCCACUUACCGACGCUAUGGCUACUGAAGUGGGCGCCAACUUACUGGGUGAACUCAUCGUAUUGGCCAUCGGCCUGGGAUUGAUAUAUUUUGAGGUGUCGCGCCAAGCUCUAAAUGAUCAAAAGAAGCACGAAAAGCAGAAGGCAGAGCGGGAAGAGCUCAGGAAAAUAAUAGGAUCUCUGAAGGAGAACGUCAAUUAUCAGGCCAAGGAAAUCGAACGACUAAAUAACGAACUAAGCAAAUUCGAAGAAUGACCAGCUUUUUUAUCGCACAGUUUGCAACUAUCGAUUAAACUGCUUGAAUACCAAUCGAUUGACGGCCAUCGCCAAGCACACCGUAGGCAAUCAGCUGUCGAUGAUUUUGUAACACUGUUGAUGGGUAGUAACAUUUAAUAAAAACAAUAGAACUAUGGUAAUUGGAGCAUUUCCAGCGGCGAAACUGGGCGUUUUAGCCAUCAAGCAGAUUAGCAAGCCUGUUGCCAAUGUGCUUAAAGCAAAUGCCAAGUCUAGUCCAUUCUUCAGGAAGUACAUUUGCAUGCCGCCGGCUCAGUUCUACAAUUGGGUGGAGGUAAAGACAAAGAUGUGGGCACUUAACCUGGGGCGGCCAGUCACAGUCCCUCCGCUGAACGAGGCCAUGGCUAUUGAACUGGGAGCAAAUCUUUUAGGUGAAUUCAUUAUCUUUGCUAUUGGCGCCGGACUUCUGAUAUUUGAGUACUCGCGCCAAGCUAUAAAGGAAAGUAAGAAGGCGGAGGCCAUAGAAAUGGAAAAGCGCCAGAUGUCCCUAACUCUGACAGAGAUGGGCUUCCGUUUAGAGCGCCAAGACGCCCAAAUACGCGAAAUGACACGCGUGCUGGCAGAUCUAGAUUCGCGCAAUAUCUUCAGUUGGCAUAAGGAGCGUCUGCAAGAGUAUGUGCCCUUCGAUCCAAGCACUCCAGAUCAAAGCUUGAGCGCACGAGGCCCAAAAACAUAUGAAGGCUACUACGAUCCUGCGGGUGGCAUGGCCUUCCGUGCUCUGAACUACUUACAAACUCAGGUCUUUGCAGAUAGUCGCGCCAAAAAAGGUAAGCAGGCGCUGGAACGCAUUGAUGAGGUGGCCACCGAGUUGGAGCAAUCUUUGACCGAAGCUGUGACCAUAACUGCCAACCAUAACAGCAGCGCAACUGUUGCCAAGAAAUCCGGUCAGUCGCAAUGAUCCAUACUUGCGCUGGAGCGCCAACUUGUGAUGCUGAUGUACGCUUUGGGAAUGGCCGACCAGUAGAGAAUUGGCACGAGGCUGACAAUACACAAAUUGAAUUGCUUUUCAUCAACACGUUGCUUCACUCAUCCCUGUUAAUUUUAAACGUAAGAUGACAACAAAUACUUGUUACAUUUACAUAUUUAGGUAAAAAGUCAAUAACUGUAUAUAACUUGUAUACUUAUGUA